AUGACUUCACCGACGAACACAUCCGUAAAGAAGUCAAGUGAAUGAAUUUUUCAACAGUAGGGGACUUUAUUCGGUGAUUAUCGUGCUAUGGGGUGUUUUAGUAAUGAAGCAACGUUAGUCAGCCCCUGUGUGAAAUAUACUCUCUUUUUCUUCAAUUUUGCAUGUUGGUUAUUUGGUGGUGUUAUAAUCGGUAUCGGAGUUUGGGCAUUUGUGGAAAAGAACAAGUACUACCAGAAAGAUAUCUCCACAGUGUACGAUGUGGUUUUUGAUCUGUCGAUUAUCUUCCUCAUCAUCGGAAGCAUCAUCUUCAUCUUAGGCUACGCAGGAUGUAUAGGGGCCCUCAGGGAAAAUGUCUGUCUCCUUAAAAUUUAUUAUUACUCUAUGAUACUCAUAUUCCUGACAUUAGUGGUGGGAAUCGUGUUAGCGUUUGUCUUCAGGGACAAAGUCAAAGAGGAAGUAAGCACCAUUCUGCAGGAUAACCUCAUCACUACUUACCAAGAUGAUCCUGAUAAACAGAGUACCAUUGACUGGAUUCAGGAAAAUGUCGAGUGCUGUGGAGUGGCCAGCUAUCAGGACUGGGUGAAGAAUGAGUAUUAUAAUUGUACUACAGAUAACCCUAGUCCCCUGGCCUGUAGUGUACCAUACUCAUGCUGUAGAAAGCAAGACUCCAUAACAAGUGGUCUUCCAAAUAUUCUUUGUGGAAAAAAUGUACUUAAAGCAGGUGGCGAUUUAUCCCUGAUCUACACGAUAGGCUGUGUCGAGAUGUUCCUGUCCCUGGCAGAGACCCAGCUACCCAUUGUAGGGGGCAUUGUGAUAGGUAUCGCAGUACCUCUGUUGAUUGCCAUAUGCCUGUCAAGGUUGUUAGAAGGUCAAAUCCUGGAUCAGCAAAGACAUAUCCAAUACUGAUAAAGUUCAGAGGUUACACACUCAUGAUUGGGUCAAAGGUCAACAGCAAAACCAAUGGCCCUCAGGAUGCAUAAUGACUUAGCAAUAUUUUACACGUUGUACCCCAGACUUAAUCAUAAAUCCAAUGUAUCCUUCAUUAAAUGAUUUUACUUCUUAAUAUUUUAAUGAUGCAGGGAUAUUCAAAAUACAGUAAGGAGAGCUAUAUUAUACAUAGCAUCAAUUUUUCAAAUGAAUUAUUUAUUUUUUUUUUUGUUAAUAUAUAAAAAAAACCAUAUGUAAUUAUGUAUUGGUCAUUUAUGUCGUUCUUAUUUUUUGUUAAAAAAAAAUGUGCCUACCAGGUAUUUACUUGUUUGUUAUUCUCAAUCUUUUGUUCGCUGGACGAUGUACAAAUUGUAUCUUAUAUUUUGCUGGCAAAAGUUUUGUUUUUUUAAUUCAAUGUCAAAUUAAUUGGUCUCUUUUUUGUAAUUUAAUUGAUCUCUAAUUUAUGUUAAUGUUUUGUGAUUUUGGUUCGAUAUUUUUUAAUGCUAGUUCAAUACAACCUAAUGGUUUGUACGUAUUUGAAUGGUCAAUGUUAUUUUACAACAACAGAAGAAUGAUACGUGAGAUUUAUUGACUCAUAAAAUGCAGCUGAGAAGCGCAUUCAUUUUUGAGAUUUUUUAAGUUAGCAUUGAUAGCUUCACUUUACACGUAUUAAAUUAUUGUGAAGUACUUGGGAGAUUUUCUGUGAAUUAGCUUUCUGUUAUUUAGAUUUUGUUAAUUACUGCUAAAUGUUUGAUCAAUUUGAUUAUAAACUCUUAAUUAUUCAAAUUAAUAUCUAAGAAGUCGAUUGUGAACAAAAUUCAUUAGUGUAGUUGAGUUUCUUUCCUCACAAAUUAGAAAAUCUACAUCAGAGGCGAGUUCAAAAGUGUGAGUGCUCGCGAUCACUUGCCAAAAUUUGUGUUGCAGGUAUAGGGAAUUUUGGCAGGUGCUUGCACGGGAGGUGCUCGCUCUGUUAAACUCGCCUUAGGUAUAGGACCAUUUUUCAAUGUGCAGUCACAUGAUGACUAUACAUCAUGUUCAUUAGAUUUGAACAUUCUGACCAGAACAAUUUACCAUGAUACAUGAAGCAUAAUAUGGCGGUUUUAUCAUUUGUGCCUUAAUUUUUUUUUUCCUUUCCCUUUUCAAACAGACCAAUUAAUUAUGAGUUCUAUAACACUGUGUGAUAGUUGCAACAGAAACUGAGCUCAUGUUUGAAAAAAAAAUUUAACUACUGUAUUUCAUUAGAAGUGGACUGACUUGAUACUGUGAAAAUUAGCUGCAAGAUCAAACAUUUAGAUGUUCAUGUAAUGAAAAUGAAAGUCAUCCAUUUAUGUUAAACUUUCGAAGGGCCAACAAAUCUGUACAUGUUAUAUAUAUUAUAAAUGGGACCUUGGUUGAAUUAAUGCUUACACCAGUUAACCACUAUGUCUUCAUCGAUCAAGAUGUAGAUUACCGGUAUCUAGAAAAUAAACUACAUGAGACAUUUGAUGACUAGUUUGCGAUGAGAAAUGUUUGUGCAACGAGGCUCUCACGAAAAUUUCUUGUGUACACACUUAAAAGUUUUUGGUUUACAAUAUAUAUUCGACUGCAUUAAUUCUCACUCUGACAUUUUGUCAUUUUCUUGCAUUGACUUGCCACUCAAAAAGGUUACUCAUGCAUCUUUGAUGGUUUGUUUGAUUUAACAUUUUGAACAAUACUGUUCCUUGUUUAAGAGAUUUGUUGAUUUUUGUUAAUCCUAGACAUUCCUUUAGUCCUUAUACAUGUAGCAUACAUGUAGCUGGAUAAAUCGAACCAUGCAUGUUUUUUUUUGCUUCUCUUCAUGUUUUUGUCUUGGAUGAUAGAAGAGUCCUUGAACUUAUCUUUAUUUUGUCAAUAAUCGCCUACAUACGGAAACGCAAAGUCAGGAAUUUUAUGCUCAAAGCCAUUUUCGGUGAAUUUCAAAAAUUUCGAAAUUCACUUUGUUGUUUAUUUCUUUGCUCACAAACACAUUCAGUGAAGAUUGAUGUAAUAAUACUUUUCAUUUAUAUCUAUGAUAAUGUUCAUACUUUUAUUUUCCAUAUCAAUAUGUCCUUAAUAAUUUUAAAAGAUUCAAAUGUAAAUCCAGUAAUUUUAUUGUGCUUCUUAAUGGUUGAAAAAUAAGUGUUUAUAAAUAUAUGUAUAAAAAUGUUGUCAGCCAUAUCCCUUAUGUUCAUCUUUUUUUUUUUUUAAAUAGAGCUUAUUCCAAUUUCAAAUGAAGUGUGCAAUCUACAAAUGUGUAUGGACAGUAUAUAAAUUUGUAUUGUUAGAUUUUGUUACAAUAAAUUUAUUAUUUGUUCUACAUAUAUGCUUGUUCCUAAGGGCCUAAAUUUAUGUACAUAAUCAUGAUUUAAAUGAGAGAAAAAAUUGUGCAGGAAAAGAAUUUUUAUUGUAUAAAGUUAUAUAAUAUAUAAUAUAUAUAUAUACUGAGUAUAUAUGUAUUAAUAAUCAGGACGAAUUAAAAUUUGUUGUUUCUACUUACUGGUAUACCAUACAAAUAUAUAUUUAAAGCAAUUUGAUAGUUAUACAUGUAUUAUUGUGUGAGAUAAUUUGACCACAGGAAAAAUAGGUGAAAAUCUAUUUCCCUCCGUAAUAAAACGUGUAAAUUUAUUAGAUACAUGUUGUUUUCUUGUUUUGAUAUUGUCAUACAAAAUCUUCACUCAUUUGGGUUUAAUUUGGAAAAGUUAAGUGGAAAUGUGUAUUUUCGAACCCAACAUUCUGCAUUGAAAUGUUGCUAUAAAGAUUUACGAGUAUUUUUGUUACAAGAGUAUGUCAUAAGAAAUUUCUAUAUGGUAAUAUUUAUCUAAAUAGAUUCAGUUACCGUGUAUUGUUCAUAUCAUUUUUUUUUUUCAGGACGCAUAAAUGUAUUGUUCAUGCAAUGUUUAUCAUAUUGAAUAUUUAUAUAAAUAUUACGGGAACAUAC